AAGCUUGGAAGUGUUGCAGGCAUGGAUGAAAGAGACAACGGAUGUAUGAAAAAGAUUAGUAGUGUGAAUCUUGACAAACUUAUAAGUGACUUUUCUCAGAUAGAAGAGAAAAUCAUGGAAACCAGUGGAAAGUACAACAUACUAGAUAUUCAGUUGGAAAAGGCUAACUGCUUAUUAAAAGUAAUGCAAACAAAGGAGGCCUCAUUUAAAGAAGAAUGUGCUUCUCUUCAUAAUAUGAUCAAAGGACUACAACAGACCAUUGAAUAUCAACAUAAUUUGAAAGGUGAAAAUGAACAACUAAAAAGAAAUGCUGAUCUUAUGAAAGAAAAAUUAAAAUCGCAAGAACAGGAUUAUAAGAAUAAUAUUGCUAAACUUAUGAGUGAAAUGAGAAUCAAAGAGGAGGGACAUAAAAUAGAAAUCAGGAAACUUCAUCAGGAUAUACAGAAAAAAGUUGAAUUAAAUGAAGAAAAGCAUAAAGAACUGAUAGAGAAAAAGGAGGUAGAAAUUUCAGAGUUAAAUGCAAAGUUAAGAACUCAAGAAAAGGAAAAGCAAAAUGAAAUAAUCAAACUACAGCUAGAGUUUGAUGCCAAACUAGCAAGAGUUCAAACUAAAUCAAAGUUAUAUCCAGAGUCUACUGUUUUGCCACAGAGUAUCUACAGAAGGAAACUUCAACACCUUCAAGAAGAAAAAAAUAAGGAGAUUGCAAUUCUUCGCACUACCAUUCAUGAUCUAGAGCAGCGCCUCUCUGUGAGCAAAGAUUCUUGCCUUAAGCCUACUGACAAAACAUCUCUUGUCAAACGUAAACGGUUUUGAGUAUAGCAGUAAAUUCAUUCAAUGCUAUUUAAUUUCUUUAAAAGCAGUUGAAAUGUUUACUGCUGUUGUCAAUAUAACAUACUACUUCGCUGAUAAUAAUGAUUUAUAAAGAUAACUUUACAGCCAUGUACACCAUGAGGUUUGUGUAUAUUUGUUAUGUGUGAGUUACUGAUACUUUUGAACAGCGAUCUUUCAAAAAGAGUGGCAGGUAAUGGAAGACUGGAAAGGGGCUGGAAGCUGGAAGCUUAGUCUGGGCCGGAUGGGCCCCUAAGCAGUUGCCUGACAUCAGCCCCAUCCCUCCCUUUCCUGC